GGUUGCUGGGUCAACUUUCUCUUCUCUGUGUUUGUUUAUUUAAAUUUGGCGCGAGUUCAAUCAAUUCGCAAUGUAACAAUUUUUAAGGCACAUGGAAUGACAAUAGCUAUAGGAAUACUAUGGGUCUUCUAUUCAGUCAUCCCAUGUGUGAGAAAAAUAUGCCAUCUUGUCUUAAGAAAACCAAUAAAGCUGUUUUAGACGAUGUAGAACUUGAGGAAUAUGAGGCCCUUACUCAUCUCAACAAGCAGCAAAUACUUAGAGCUUAUCAAACAUUUUGUGAGAUGGAGCCUAGUUAUUUUGAAGAAUCACAGAUUGCAUACCUGACAUCAGAAAAAGCUUUGGAACUUCCAGAAUUCAGAGUAAAUCCUUUUAAAGAUCGUAUGUUUAAAGUUUUUUGUUCAUCUGGAGAUUAUAUGACAUUUGAAGAUUAUUUAGAUAUGAUGUCUAUUUUUAGUCCUAAAGCUGAUUUGUUAUUGAAAAUUGAAUAUGCAUUUAGAAUAUACGAUUUUACUGAUGAUGACUUCAUAUGUUGUCAAGACAUUGCUGAACUUUUAAAUCGACUGCUUAAAAGUGAUAAACUUCCCAGAGAAGAUUGGCUAAAAGUUCGAGAUUCUGUUUUGCUUGAUGCAGAUAUUGAUCAAGAUGGUGCGAUUGCAUUUACUGAAUUUGUGCACAUUGCCAUGAAGUUUCCAGAUUUUACAAGUACUUUUAAUAUCCAAGCUUGAAGAUAUGAAGAAAAUUGAUUUUUAUCAUCCGUUGGUGCAAGUUUUAUGAAUUACUUUUCCUUGUCUUUCA